UGGGGCGGUGGCCAUUAUACUGCCCCCGAGUGGGAGGGCUGGGUUCCCCCGGCGCCCCCUCGCGCCCCGCGUCCCCGGCAGGGCUAAGGGGAGUCUGACACUGCAGUCCCCUAGUGGCCAGGCGCGCUCCCGGAGCAGCCGUAGGCCUGCGGGCUCACGGGAGCUGGGGCGCCCAGCGAUUCCUUAUGGGCAGCGUGCGCUGGGCCUUCCCCUGCGCCGCCUGGGCCCCGCGCCGGGACCAGUGGCUGCUGGCCUCGCGCCUGGUGCAGCCCGAGGAGAAGGACCGCGUCCGCCAGUUCGUCUUUGCCCGGGAUGCCAAGGCUGCCAUGGCUGGUCGUCUGCUGAUAAGAAAAUUAAUUGCAGAAAAACUAUGGAUACCUUGGAAUGAAAUACACUUGCAAAGGACAUCAAAAGGAAAACCCUUCCUGGUGAAUGACAUACUCGGUAUCCAUCCCAAUUUCAAUUUUAAUGUCUCUCAUCAAGGGGAUUAUGCAGUUCUUGCAGCUGAGCCUGAGCUUCAAGUUGGCAUUGAUAUAAUGAAGACUAAUUUGCCAGGUAGUGGUUCAGUUCCGGAUUUCUUUCGCAUUAUGAAACGACAGUUUACAGAGGCAGAGUGGAGGGUAAUCAAGUCCAUGAAUAACGAAUGGAUUCAGCUAGAUAUGUUUUAUAGGCACUGGGCACUAAAGGAAAGCUUUAUAAAGGCCAUUGGGAUUGGAAUAGGCUUUAACCUGCAAAGGAUUGAAUUUAAUGCCUCCCCAUUGCAGCUGGAAGUAGGGAAGGUUUACAAGGAGACAAAAAUGUUGUUGGAUGGAGACAAGGAAGAAGGGUGGACUUUUGAGGAAACCCGGUUGGAUGAUCUCCAUCAUGUUGCAGUAGCUCUGGGGAAACCAGAAGUAUUUGUACAGAAGGAUUCCAACGUUUUUUCUAAAGACCUGACCCAGCCACAAUUCCAGGUAUUGACUUUUGAUGAUUUAGUUGCCACCGGUGUUCCUAUGGCACCUGAAGACCCUGCAUACUGGGAUAACUUUUGUUCCAAGCAGGAGUGCCCAGCACGCCAGAGUACUCAUUCAAGAUAAGACUGUGUUUCCAAGAAAAGAAGCUGAAAUCUUUCAAAGACCACACAUUGUUCCUUUGCAAAGCUUAAUUUGAGUGUGUGUAUACAUUUCCCCUUUUAGACCAAUAUUCGGUUUCCCAGCCUCACAAAGCUGCCACCUUUUACCCUCUUUACCCUAUGCUGAGAUCCUUUCAGGCUGAAGAAACUGUGAAAUAAAUGAUCUAAAUUGA